AUGCAACACAUACCAACACAAGCAGAGAGAGAAAGAGAGAUACAUAGAGUGAAAAAGAUAGUUGAAUAAAUAAUCAGUUAAGGAAAAUGACUGGAACAAUGGCUCACCUCACUCUUGCAUUUGGCCUUCUUGGCAAUAUUGUCUCAUUUAUGGUAUUUCUUGCACCAAUACCAACAUUUUAUAAAGUCUACAAGAAGAAAUCAACUGAAGGAUUUCAAUCAGCCCCUUAUGUGGUGGGCUUAUUCAGUGCCAUGCUUUGGAUAUACUAUGCAAUGCUUAAGAGCAAUGUCCUGCUUCUCAUCACCAUUAACACGUUUGGCAUCGUCAUUGAAACCGUCUACAUUGUAUUCUUCCUCUACUAUGCACCAAAGAAGGCUAGGAUGGAGAGUUUGAAGCUAAUAAUAUUGCUUAUAUUUGUUGGUUUUGGGUUGAUUGUUGUCUUGACACAAUUCCUUGCAAGUGGAGUAACCCGCGGUGUGAUAGUUGGAUGGAUUUGCCUUGUGUUCUCGUUAUGUGUUUUUGUAGCACCUUUGGGAGUUCUGCGACAAGUUAUUAAAACAAAAAGUGUAGAGUACAUGCCAAUUCUACUAUCGGUAGCACUCACCCUCAGCGCUGUUAUGUGGUUCUUUUACGGCCUACUUCUUCAUGACUUCAAUAUUGCGAUUCCAAAUGUACUUGGGUUCGCAUUUGGUAUCAUUCAAAUGAUACUAUAUUAUCUAUACAAAAACGAUAAGCCAAUUACAAAUAUUGAAGAGAUAAUCACCAAAAACGGAGAGCAAAAGAUUCCAGAAUUUAAAGAUCAGAAAGUCAUUGAUGUUGUAAAGUUGAAUGCUUUAAUGCAAGCUGAGAUCCUUCCGGUGGUUUCGAAAAACGCUCAUAAGCUUGAUCAUGCAGCCCUUGAACCUCAAGCUCUCCACAAGACGCAAAAUCAUACCAUUGAAGUUGGCGCAUGAAGCUAUCCAAGUGACUUUUGAUUCUCAGUAAACCAAUACUAGUUGGACGUGUAUAGUUUAUUGGAUCUUUUGUAAGAUGUUGCUUACGUGGUGUUUUGAUCAUUCUAAUGAAAAACUUUGCAUUCUCUUACGUCUU